GCGCCACUCUCCGCACAGAGCAAGUACACAACACUGAGCUCUCACACAAACCAAGCAAGCUCUCACUCGUUUCUUGCUCAGAUCACACUCCACUGUCGAUCCAAGUCAGAUAUUGUUUCUUCAGCAAUGAGCAGCUGCUUCGCGGCAACGUCAAUGGGCGACCUGAUCCCCGGGUUGCCGGAGGAGGUGGCGAGGGAGUGCCUCAUCCGGGUGGGCUUCGACCAGCUGCCGACGGUGCGGCGCAUCUCGCGGCAGUGGAAGGAGGAGGUCGAGUCGCCGGACUACAGCCGCCUGCGCCGCGCGGAGGGGCUGGCGCGCCCCGUGAUCGCCAUGGUCCAGGCGCAGCCCGAGCAUGUCGUCGAGACGGGACCGGCGCAGAAGCACUCGUCCGCGUCGUCGGCUGUCAACGGCGGCCCGGCGAACAACUACAGGAUGGUGCUGCUCGACCCGGUGGAAGGGCGGUGGGCCUCGCUCCCGGUGCUGCCCGGCCCGACCGGCAGCCUUCCUCUGUUCUGCCAGGUCGCCGCCGUGGACGGCGGGCAGGGGAGGAAGCGGCUGGUGGUCGUCGGCGGGUGGGACCCGGAGUCGUGGGCGCCGACGGACUCGGUGUACGUGUACGACUUCUUGACUGGCGCGUGGCGGCGCGGCGCGCCCAUGCCCGGCCCGCGCCGGUCGUUCUUCGCCACCGCGGCCGUCGGCGGGACCGUGUACGUGGCCGGCGGGCACGACGAGGAGAAGAACGCGCUGCGCUCGGCGCUGGCGUACGACCCGGACUCCGACGCGUGGACCGCGCUCCCGGACAUGGGGGAGGAGCGCGACGAGCCGCGCGGGCUCUGCAUCGGCGGCAAGUUCCUGGUCAUCGGCGGGUACCCGACGCCGGAGCAGGGUCGUUUCGCUGGCUCCGCCGAGGCGUUCGACCCGGCGACGGGGGCCUGGUCCCCUGUCGGGGAGGCUCUGCUCGAGGACGGCGCGUGCCCGAGGACGUGCUGCGUGGCGCCGGGAGCCGAGCGCGUGUACAUGAUCCGCGACGGGAACCUGGUGGCGCGCGACGGCGGAGCGUUUGCAGCAUGGCGCACGGUGGCGUCCGUGCCGGAGGACGCCCGCACCGCGUCCACCGUCUCCGCCAUUCCCGACGGCCGCGUCGUGGUCAUCGGCUCCGGCUGCCACGGAGGGGAACAGACCGUGUACAUGCUGUGCGACGUGGCCGGCAAGCCCGCGUCCUGGGCGCGCGCGCCGGCGCCGCCGGAGUUCUCCGGGCACGUGCAGGCCGCCUGCUUCCUGGAGAUCUGAUUACCGAGCUAUGUACAGAGCGAUGUAUAGUGUAUAUAGAGGUGUAUUUCGCAUCGAUGCGCAUGCGCGUCUGCGAGCGCCGCAUUCUCCUCCGGCUUGCAUGUCUCAAAGCUUCCAUAGCGACCAUGUAAAGUUGUAAGGAAACAAUAAUUAAACGAGUCCAGAAACAUAAUGUUCAGCUUAA